AUGCAAUUGGUCCCACUCAUUUUGCCUAUCGUUGGUCCCGAUCAACGUUUGAUGCACUCGCGAGCAAUUCGUGGACUGAAUAAAACACCAGAAGACAUCCAGGAAUUUAUUAUCAAAACACUUUCUAACUCCGAGAGUAUUCAGACACUGCGCAAUUGGGUUUUUCACGAGAAACAAAAAGUCGGUACAAGACUGAAAUUUGAAUGGUCUUUGUCCGAGCCUUCCACGUUUGGAAGCUGGGCAUAUCUGGAAAAAGCUCAGGCCGGUUGGGAAAGAAAAAUGUUACGGAGUCUGAAUUCGAUGUGUCAAGAAUUGGGAAUUCGUUUGGCUGGUGCGAGUCAGUCUUCUGCCGCGGCACAGGUAUAUCUGCAGCAAGGAUGUCCCCUUGGAUAUCGUGCACAAAUUUGGUCAUUGUAUCUGAACGCUCAGAAAAGUGAUGAAGAUGUACAAUACUACAACCAGUUGAAAUUGCGUGUGGCCGAGGAUGAAUGCAUGACCGAUCUUCUUGUUUGUAAGGAAGUACAACUAACUGCAUCCAAUGAUGACAUGCACUUUGUGUUCUGUGAUUACACUUAUCAGGUAUUGCUCCCGUUCACGAGAGAUUCAACUGUUCUGGAACAUUUCCAGUCUUCUUUGGCCACUCCUCCAAGAGCCAUCGGUAAAAAAGCAACCAGUUCUCAGAUAUUUCCGCCAUCUGGUGUUAUACCAUUCCACGGAUUUUCAAUGUACGUGCUACCCCUAUGCUACUUGUACGAUGACCCGGUGACACUGUAUGUGAUAUUUCGGCAGUUGUAUAUCCGCUAUUUCUACAAACUGCACACCAUUUCGAACGAUCUAAGUGUAAGUUUGGACUGGUUCUCAGGACCGGUUAUGAAUUCGAUCACAGGGAAUACUUGGACUGUGUUUACUUUUUGA